AGACACGUCAGAUCUCUUUUCGCUCUCGUUGUGCAAACAUCAUGUCGGAUCCUGAUCAGUCAAGCGACUCUAGCUCAAGUUCUAGUAGUUCAGGCUCCGAUUCAUCAAGAGGGGGAGGCGUAAAGAAAUUUCGUCUCUCAAGUGAAAAGUCAGCUACUUUAGCCGGCUGGGUUGUAUCGGGUUUAGAUGACACUCGAGCGAAAAGUGCUAGAGAGGCCUUUAGACCCAAGCUAAAGAAGAACGCCGACCUGCUGAUCAACCCCAAUCUAGAUGAGGCUUUCUACAUCCGGCUGAAGGCAGUUAAGUCAUCUUCGGCAGCUAAGGCCAACAUCGACCCAAUCGAGAAGAUCUACAGAAACCAAACCUUCAAGAUCCUUGACUUAGUCAAGCCCAUCAUGUUUCUGGCGAGUCGAAUCAAGAAAAAGAAGAAAUCCCGAGCCGACGCCAAGGCGGUUAAGACGGCUCUGAAGCUCUGGGCGGUGGUGUACCAUGACAUCACGAACGCGCGACGGCGCAACAUUCUGGCCCAAAUCUACCCACAGAAUAUCGGGCUACUGGACGACAAGGCUAUCCUACCAACCGGCGGAGAACAUCUCUUCGGUCCGAAGUUUACCCAGGCCCUGGUCGAGCAGGUAAAGACACUGAACGCUCUUGAAACCGCGGGAGCCCCUCGCGCGUCUGGAUCCAGCGGCGGUCAUGGUCAACGCCAAUCGGGUCGCAGUUUCAGCAAUCCACCGGCAUCUUCAGGCGGUCGCUAUUCAAAUCCCGGAUCCCGGUUCGGCAAGAACAAGCCGAGAUUGUACUAGUGACACCCUACUGGCCCAGCCAAUGCUGGUUCCCGUCCUUGAUGGAACUAGCAACGGACAUUCCGCUCCUUCUCUUCCCAUCCAAGUCGUUGCUGACGUCCCCGUUGGGGGAGGGUCAUCCAUUGACGAAAGACGAGUCCAUCCGUCUAAUCGCCUGGCGGCUCUCCGGAGUUGUCUGGAAGAGCGAGGCUUUCCGGAAAAAGUUAUCGAGCUCAUAUUGGGAGCAACUCGUUCAAAUACACACUCUGCAUACCAGUCCGCUUGGGUCGCUUGGAGCAGUUAGUGUAGUCAACGGAACCACAAUCCCCUGUCGUCUGGCGUCAAGGAGGUAUUAAAUUUCCUUUCGGAUUAUUUUCAUUCCGGUAAAAGCUACAGCACGGUAAAUGUAGCCCGUUCAAUGCUCUCAUCCACCCUAAGCUUAUCGUCAGAGAA